UAAAUCAGCUCCGCAGUGUGACGGGCGGGCGGGCAGCCGGCCGGCCGGGAAGAACCCCUCCCGCCCCGCCUGCCGCAGGGAGCCGGGCCACCGCGCCGCCGCCAUCGGCGCCUCCCCCAUCCCCAUGGUUACGGCGCCUGCUUCCGACCGACCGACCGUCCCUCGGCCCCGGCUGUCGCCUGUCGCCCGCCCGCCGCCGCCGCCGAGGGAGCAGGCGCCGCGGCCGCGGGCCUUCCUCCCGCGGAGUUCGGGGGAGCCGCCCGCGGAGACUCGCCUUGAAGGUCUGCGCCUCGGCUCCGACUCCUUCUCCCCGAGCGCAGCCCCGCCGCCGCCGCGUCGCCGGCCGCAGCCUUGCAAUCUGUUGAUAACUCGCCCUGCGGGCUGCCGCCGGGGGAGGGAAGACUGCCCCCCGGACCCCAGGACGCGCCCCAUCCCGCCGCCCACCCGAAGCCCAGGACCGUGGCCGCUCCAGCCGUUUUCGCCCAAAUAGAUGGGGGCGGCCUCUCCACUCUCACCCGCCCCAUCGCCGGCUCCCGGGCCUCGACCCCGUGGCGACUGUUGGGGACUUUGACCUUCUGGGUGGCCAUGGAGGCUGGUGGGGAGAAAGGUGCGACGUAAGCAGCUGGGCCGGCGCCGUCUCCAUCCCCGCUGACACUUCGGCAACUUCGCUGUGCUCAUGGAUUUGAGGACCGUCCUCUCCCUGCCCCAGCCCCCCGGGGAGUUCCUGCACCCCGUGGUGUACGCCUGCACGGCCGUCAUGCUGCUAUGUGUGCUGGCCUCUGCUGUCACCUACAUCGUCCACCAGAGCGCCAUCCGGAUCAGCCAGAAAGGCCGGCACGCGCUCCUGAACUUCUGCUUCCACGCGGCACUGACCUUCUCCGUGUUCGCCGGCGGCAUCAACCGCACCAAGUACCCCAUCCUGUGCCAGGCGGUGGGCAUCCUGCUGCACUAUGCCACACUGUCCACCAUGCUGUGGAUCGGAGUGACCGCCCGGAGCAUCUACAAGCAGGUGACCAAGAAGGCCCCACUGUGCCCGGGGGCAGACCAGCCGCCGGAGCCCAAGCAGCCCCUGCUCAGGUUCUACCUCGUCAGUGGAGGGGCUCCGUUCAUCAUCUGUGGUGUCACAGCUGCCACGAACAUCAGGAACUACGGGAUGGAGAACGAGGCCUCUGCAUACUGCUGGAUGGCCUGGGAGCCCAGCCUGGGCGCCUUCUAUGGGCCGGCGGCCUUCAUCGCCCUGGUCACCUGCGUGUACUUCCUUGGCACCUACAUCCAGCUGCGGCGCCACCCGGAGCGCAGGUACGAGCUUAGGGAGCGGACGGAGGAGCAGCAGCGGCUGGCGGGGCCGGAGGACGGCCAGGGCCCUGGGGCCCCGCCAGGGACCCCCGCCCGCGAUGCCCUGGCUGCCUCGCUGCUGCAGAACGAGCACUCGUUCAAGGCCCAGCUGCGGGCCGCCGCCUUCACGCUGUUCCUGUUUGUGGCCACGUGGACCUUCGGGGCGCUGGCCGUGUCUCAGGGCCACUUCCUGGACAUGAUCUUCAGCUGCCUGUACGGCGCCUUCUGCGUGACUCUGGGGCUCUUCAUACUCAUCCACCACUGCGCCAAGCGGGAUGACGUGUGGCAUUGCUGGUGGUCCUGCUGUCCCUCCCGUGGGGACCCCCAUGCCACGAAGCUCGGCGCCUGCCCUGCGCUUGAUGCCAACGGGGAUGCGCUGGGCCAUACGGCCUGCCUGCAGGACUCGCCAUGUCCUGGCAAGGCGCUGGGCUUCGGCCACCCACCAGCCAGCCACUGCAAGAUGACCAACCUGCAGGCCAGCCAAAGCCAUGUCAGCUGCCUGUCGCCGGCCACGCCCUGCUGCGCCAAGAUGCACUGUGAGCAGCUGAUGGAGGACGCGGCCCACGUCCACGUGCACGAGGAGGAUGCCUUUGGGCAUGACCCGCACCUGCACAGGUGCCUCCAGGGCAGGACUAAGCCUCCGUACUUCAGCCGACCCCGGGCGGCUGCGGCUGAGCAGGAGUGCGCCUUCCACAUCCCGUCCAGCCUGGACGGCAGCCCCCGCAGCUCGCGUACGGACAGCCCCCCCAGCUCGCUCGAGGGUCCUGCAGGGCCACACCCACUGGCCUGCUGUGCCCAGGGCGACCCCUUCCCCCUGGUUAGCCAGCCCGAGGCUGCCGACGCCAGCCCCGUGCUCUACAGCUGCCCCCCGCGGCCAGGCAGGGAGGCGGCCCACGGCCCCGGCCACUUCCAGAUGCUCCGGAGGACACAGUCCCUGCCCUUCGGAGGCCCCGGCCAGAACGGGUUGGUCAAGGGCGACCUGCGGGACGCCACACCCUACGGCUCUGACAGCACGGGCAAUAUCCGCACGGGGCCCUGGAGGAACGAGACCACAGUGUAGCAGGCAGGGCUCUGCCACCUUCGCCCACGUGGCCUGGGCGCACUUCAGAGCAGAGCCCGGCCCUCUGCCACACGACCAAGCCUGGUGGUGCCCCCCACUGACCCUUUGGUUGGCACGACCCCAGCAGGAAGACGCUUUGGGCCACGUCUGCCUCCACGAACCCCGAGCCAGACAAGGUGUCCCCGUGCAGAGUCCCUGCUUUCUGUCCCACGGUGCCCAGCCCCCAGGCAGCCCAGGGACAGAUGGGGCAGGGGUUCUAGCAGGACCUACCCCUGGCGCCCAGUGUGCCUCCCUGCCACCCCACCUGCUGGUGACCAGCCCAGUCACCGCAGGAGGCACCACCCACAUUCCUAGAGUUUCGCGUUUGUGCUGUCAGGUCUGGUUCCUGGGGGUGGGCAGCCUGCCAGUCAGUCCAGAGCACGCUGGGCAGUGGCUCUAGGCCCCUCCAUGGCCGCAGGAGCUCGCGUCGGCACCUCCGCCCAGUGACGUCCCCACCUCGGCCCGUCCUGAGUGCAGGCCCAGCGCCCCCAGGCCUGAGAGCACCAUGGACGCUAAGGUCACAAGGACGGAGGGGCCGCCGGUGACCCGAGGUUUUCCAGGGAGCCAGUGGGCCUCCGAGGGGCCCGUGCCUUUGGAAACACCCAAAUGUCCUUUAAUGUAGACUCGACUUCCGUCCAGUGCCACCAGGGCUGGCUCCCACCUCCUACCGUGGCCGUUCGGGACAAUAAAGUUCCUGCCCCAGAAAGAGAGGGUCUAUGAGCAGUUCCAUGAACAUCUGGGCACAAAGCUGGGCCUCAGAGAACCGUGAUCCUUCUGUGACCGCAAGGGGCACAUCCCACAGGAGGGCGUCACGGGUCCCCACGGAGACAGAAGCCCCGACGCCCAGGGGGGUGCGGGUGUGAGCCCUGCGGCCGUUCCUGCCUCCUCCCCGCCCCCAGGUCUGGACACAUGUGCAGACAGAUGCUACACACACACACACGCACACGUGACAUGUGCCCACACGCACACAGUACCCCAACACACACACAAGCUCACACGUGUGCAGCGUGCACAGCAUACCUCACUCGCGCUGCCCUGCACGCCUGUGCUGCACACGCCCGCACACUCAGGAGGCUGCUUCCCUGGCGUCCGGGCGUCGGGCUUUCUAUGCCCCGCGCAGCCUCAUCGUCAGCACUUGUCAGCAUCUGCUUGGGGCGGGGGUGGGGGGUCCAGCGGGAGCAGAUCCUUCCUCACAGCCUCAGGGGGUGGCGUCGGGUGAGGCAGGUGUGACACGUGUCUGAGUGAUGCUGUAACAGAAUGCGGGGUCUGGUCCCCACCCCGGGCCCGGGGGUCCUCACAGGCCGGCCAGGCGGUGGCUCCUGUCUGUGCCACGGUCCAGCCCGUUCACCUGCUUCCAUAGCUGUCACGCCUGGAGUCAGGCGGAGCUGUGCACACGCUGUAGACGCAAAACCGUCCGCAAAAUACAGUGUUUUCCU